AAAGAUUCCCAGAAAUGUUAGUUGUCAGCAGAAAGGAUAACUUAGUUUAUAAAGGGAAAGAUAAAACAAGAAGGGUAGCAGCUCUCUGAAGUACCAUUACUUAACAUAGAAAGAGCAUAACAUCUUGCAAGUGCUGUUCUGUCCUUUUAUUAACGAAUAUUUUAAUCCCAUUAAAAACUAUUGAUUUAGCCUAAUUUCUAUUGAAAAUUGGAUUCUUCUUCAGAUGUCAGCACCCUUAAAAAUUGCUAAGACUGCUCACACAAUAAGCAGUAAAAAGAGGGUUGGCAAGGUUUUGGCCUUGUGGGGAGGAAAAAAGAGACCUUCCAACAGAAAUUUUGGGGGACUUUGAUAAUGGCUGAGGUCUGGGCUGGUCCUCCCUCACCUCCCAGUCUGUUCCCACUGUACUAUUGAUAGUUUCAGCUAAGUGGGAUAGGAUAGAUCUAUGUGAAGACAGUGAAGAGAGUGUUCUUAACAUUUGCUGAAUCAAUACAGCAAAUGUUAAGAAACAAUAUCAGUAAACCAAGGGAAUUGGUUUAUUGAUAUUAAACAAUUCUGCUGACAGGAUGAGAGCAGGUAGGCUGUGGGUACAGCAGAAUGUACAGAAAAUGGUUACAGACUUAAGUGCUGUAUCCUUGUCCUUGUUCCUAACUGCAGUCAUCCCCCACUGUUACCUUGUUUCUGUAGCAGUGAUUUGAAAAAUGUCUAAAAAAUGCAAUUAAGAAUUAAGAAUUCCUUCCCUUGCCCCCUGCAUCCCCCCCAUACCCCCCCUAAAAAAAAAAAGAAAAAGCUAAUAUUUGUUAAGGAGAAAAUGAAGAUGAGGGAUCACAGCAGAGAUUAACAGGUAGAUUUCUGUGUUGUAAUCUGACAUGGUUUUGAUACGCACUUUGCAGGAAGAGGGUAGAAUUAAUUAAUCUGUACCCUUUAUGGUGAAAAGGAAAAGUUUGUAAAGUGAUUUGACCGCAGAUUGUGUCAGCUUCAACCCUUCUGUCCACAUUUCAAACCAAUUUAUUCAUCACAGCCUGUGGUGGUGGGCUUUGUGUUCCAAAUCCGAACUAUAGCUUUGUGUGAUGCUAUUUUUUUUUACCCUGCAACAGUAGGCAGAAAGCCUAGAGGACACUGCACCCUCUUAUAACCCCUUCUCUGCCCCUGCAAUCUUUCUGUACAAUAUCUAGACCAACGAGGGGUUGAAAAUUGAGUGGAUGCAUGCCAGACAAAUGGUCCUCUCUAGUGUCAUGUUCCACCAGUUUUUAACCCGUAAGGUCAGGCUGUCUGACCCUGGGAGUAACAACUGUGGCAAUCUCCGUAGCAACUAGGAAACACUGGCAGCAAAUGCCUUCCUGCGUCAGACAGGCAAAAGGGCAAGAUUUCUGCAUAGGGACUAAAUCCAAAUUGACCAGAUGCAGUGUUAUCAAUAGCUGAUCGUGACCGAGUCCUGCAGGCACCUGCUUUUGCAGGAAUGGCUCGUUCAGAAGGGUUCCAGCCUACGGCUCCCAGGUAUUGCAGUGCGAUGCUGACUCUGGAUAAGUUCUCAUGCUCCAGCAUCGCACCUACUGCCAAGCCCUGCUGCGGAAGCUCUUUGGUAGUGCAUCCUGCCUGGAUUGCCGAGCCCCUUGCUCCCCAGAGGUGCCAAUGGAUUAGCCACUGUCUCCCCUCCCCUGGCCCAGCAUGCAAGAGACUGAGCUCAUCAGGGAGGUCAGUGGGCUUAGACAGCAACGUCCCUGUGCUGGUGAGAGGGGAACAAGAUGGAUUUUAUUACCAUGGUACGGUAAAAGAGGAGAUAGAGAAUGAAAGAGGCAUGUUCCUGGUAGAGUUUGCCAAACCACUUGUGUCACAUGGAAAGCAUCCAGUGUGUGCGCAAAAAACAGCGCAGGAUGACAUUCUGGAAUAUGUGAACAGGAUGAAGCACUCCCUACUCCCUGGAGACAAAGUGCUGGCACCCUGGGAGCCAGAUAUGGCCAGGUACGGCCCAGGGACUGUCCUCACAGGCAUAGAGACGAGGGACCCCUUACGAGCCUCAGAAGAUGAAGAAAUUACUGUCCAGUUCUGGAAUGACAAGAUGGUGAAACUCCCACGAGGUGUGGCUCUGUGGAUCCCUCCUAGCCUGUGGGAGAGGAUUGUAGAGAUGAUCCACAUGCCCUUCACCAGCAGGGUGAAGCUCAGAGGAAGUCCGGACACUGACUGUUGUAUUUUUUCCUGCAGUCCUAAACCAGCCCUGAUUCCUGUUUGUGCUGUACAUAGCCUAGCCAAGCACUGCUUGCUUUGCUCAGCCUGCUGGCCACAUUUCCACUAUCACUGUGAUGGUGUAUGCUGUUUGUCAGCAUAUGUAAGGUGCAUCUGCUGCUGCCAUCCCCAUGUUAAUGCCUGGUGGCCUCUUCCAUCCAGGUCUCUGGUUUUCCAGAGUGAAACUGAAGAGGUGGAGUCCAGCACCGAGCACUCUCCAUGCCUUCUAGAAGUGAAAGGCCCAAAAGAAGCAGCAGCAGCAGCUGUGGCAGCGUCUUCUCCCUCUUCUGAUUCAGAGCAGGACCAGGAGCCAUUCCCCACUGAGAGUACUGUGGUGGACAGUGCUGUUAACACAGGCUCUGGCCGUCCUGAGAAGCCCAGGCUAAAGGAUUCUGCAGUAGUCGAGUGGAAAUACUGGAAAAGAAGCCACCCCAAGUCCUAUCCCAGUGAUUCAGGUCUCGGGAGUCGCAGCAGCACACGUACAAAGGGCAGGCUGGAAUCAACAGCCAUCUCUGCUGGGGAUGUGGCCAGUGUUGCCCCGACUAAUCGGAGUGCAACAUUUGAAACCAUUGAGCAGUCUCCCAGAGGGCAACUCACAAUGAAAGAAAUCUUAAGAGACCAAGAUUUCAAGCUGUCAUCAAGGGAAGAAGGUUUUGCAGCAACAGAAAGGAAGAAAACAGAGUCAGAUGAUAAAUGUAAAACGACUUGCAUAGGAGAUGAUAAAGUUGAUGAUACAGACCAUGUCAGAAGAGGACAGACAGAAAAAACAGCAAAGAGCUCACUUGCAACAAAGGAGAGAGACACAUUAUCAACCAGAAUUUGAUAAAUGUGCAACUGAUGAAGUUCAGGAGAUGAAAGUUCAGGUAGACUGCUUAUACUAUAUCAGUGUUACAUUUAUUAAGCAAAUCAAGUUCUGAUUUAGGUAUCAUCUCCCUAGAGUAUCUUUAUGGAUACCUGUAUAAUUUUAAUAACUGAGAAACUCUAUUUCCACCCACAUCAAAUUUCAGCGUCCUCAUUCUUUGCUCCAAGGUGUUGUAUUAAAUUCCUAAUUAUUUGGACUUGACUUUACAAUUCUGGAGAGAUCAGGUAAACUAGUAUGAGCACUAAAAGCCUGAACAGAUGCACAGCAAGGGUGUAAUAAACCUCCAAUUUGUCUACAGUUCUCUGGAGUCAGCCAAAGGAAUUCAGCAUAGCAAUUUGGUUUUGUAGAAAGCCAGAAGGAAUGGAGAAACAAUACAAGCUGACAACUGAAAAUACUUUUUUUCAGGAUUAAAGAUGAAAAGAAAGUAGGCAGAGGGUAAAGGACCUGCUGCUGUACAUGCAAACAACACAAUUCUUAGAGAUCUAGCAUUCUGGUUGCUGAAUUUUAUAUUCUCAUGAAAAUUAACUGAAACAUUAAUGCCAUCAGCUACAAAAAGAUUAGAGAUAUAUAUAGGUCAUGUCACUGAUUCUAACUGUGGAAUCUGAUCUUUUGGGAGAGCUAAGCAUCCAGGGAGUCUCGUUAGUGGGACUGCUCAUGUUUAAAACAUAUGAACUUGGCCAUAAGCUGCAGUGUGAAGUUCAGCAGUACUUCUCCCCUGCAGGAAAUAGGAGAUAAUUCAGGGUAACCUACUGCCUACUGAAAAAGGCAGCUAGCUGGUGUUUACCCUAGGUAAGAGCCUACAAACAGACAGUACUUGAAGUGUCAAUAGUUCAUGUGCCUAUACUGAAUAUAUGCCACAUAUUCAAGCACCUUCAUGAGCUGGUGUCCUAGAUAGGGAAUGUCAUUUGCAUUUUAUUUCUUUAUCAGAAUAAUAAAAGCACAGAUAGGAAAGAGGCAUUGUGAGUCAGCUGCUCUAAAAUCAGUGCUAGCCCCCACAAGUUAAUGUACAUCCAUAUUCAUACCACAUGGAUCAUGCUUCCUGUGGUCAAGAAUGACAAGGAUGUUCUGUCUCAUUAUAAUAUAAAAGAAACUCAUCACAAAGACUAAUUAUGUAUUUUAUUCCACUGAUUAUAUCUUUAAUUGUUUAAAGCAUAAGAACUUGGAAUUACAGUCACAUAAUUGGAUCUAAGGCACACGAUGUACAAAUAUUUAUAAAAUCAGUGUACAAAGAGGGCUGCAUGUAAUUACGUUAAGUAGAAAACAAAUGUAUAGGCCAUAAAAAUGGAGUCCCAAAGAGGAGGACACUAUUAAAGUGCUAACAAUAAAAAAAUAUACAUAGUUCAUUACAUGCAUUA